AUGUCGUCAUUCUCGGAUUCCGCACACUCCGCCAACCCCCCACAUACGAACCUUAGCCCCGGCUUCAGAUUCCAUGCGAGCUCGGACAAUUUGAGGAGACGCGAGGCUGGCCCGGUAUCAGACCCACGACUUGAAAGAAGGAGGUCUACAGUUUCUGGACCUGAUCGGAAGAGAAGACUAGUCAAUCCGGAGGUCGCUGCUGGGACGAGGUAUGUUAGACCCUCGGCAAUAGGGUCAAGCAGCAGCAGCAGAGCGGAAAUGGAUAGCAGGCCUAUCCAAAGUUCAUCAUCUCACUUGCAGCCGGAAACUCCCAGACCCGGUUCCUCCUACGAAACCGCCAUCGAUAUAUCCUCAUCUCCCCCGGAACCGCCGACGCUCGACCGCCGACGGAGCUCCUUAUCGCGUAGGGAUAGUCAGUAUGGUGCUGAUUCUACACGGCCGCGAUGGCAACCGGACUCGGAGGUGACGGAAUGCCCAAUUUGCGGGGCAGCGUUUAGCUUUUGGUACAGAAAACAUCAUUGCCGGAAGUGUGGCCGCGUCGUAUGUGCGUCAUGUUCUCCCCAUAGGAUUACGAUUCCGAGGCAGUACAUCGUUCAUCCGCCGACUGCUAUCCACCCGAGCGCCUCUGCGCUAGCCCACCGAGCAACGCAGAUGAUUAAUCUAGAGGGAGACGAACCGACACAAUCGCCAGUGGCUUUCAAUCCAGCUCUUGGAGGUGGCGAAGAAGUGAGGCUCUGUAAUCCCUGUGUCCCCGAUCCGAAUCCUGAACCGCCUCAUGGAUACCCUCCUGUACGAGCGUCUGGUGAGCUGGGAUCCGGUGCAGGAUGGGUGCGGCAUCGGUCGUAUCAUUCAAUGUCAAAUCCAUCGAGACAGCACCCGUUUACCCCGAUUCCCGACGUUUUCACAUCCAGGCCCACUCGUAGGACUGUGGGAUCAAGCGACUACCCUGCCUUUACUGGGUUCGGUGGUCCGCACGCUCCGUCCCUUCAAGGACGGCCAAUAAGCUAUGGUUCAAUGUCGAGUUCUCGCAUGCCUCCUCUGAACCCAGGUAGACACUCAUUCCAUUAUCCCUACGGAGCAGUGUCAGGCUCUCACCCCGAGCCGUCGGGCUCGUCAAUGAGCAUCCCUCGUGUAUCGCGGGGCUCACACUCGCGACCUUCCCGGCCUGUGGACGAAUGCGAUGCCUGCCCGAUAUGUGACAAUCCACUCCCCCCUAUUGGGGUAAACGGGAACGAAGACGCCCGAGAAGCACACAUUCGAGGUUGCAUUGAGAACCACGGACGGCCCGCGAGUGGGAGCCCGGUCUCCCCAUCUCCUGUUCCCGUUCGAAUGCUGGCCUUUACGGCGACGGAGAAAGAUUGCAUCGGACAGGAUGGUACAGAGCAAGAGUGCACCAUCUGUAUGGAAGAGUACGAAGUGGGUCAGUCCCUGGUGCGCCUCGAGUGCCUAUGCAAAUUCCACAAGAGGUGUAUCGUGGAGUGGUUUGAGAGAAAGAAAGAGUGCCCUGUGCACAAGACCUCUUAG